CUGCGGCGUGUCUCAGGGCUGGUCGUCCUGCAGCCUCUCCUCCACAAAUGCUAAUAAAAGGCAGCAGGAGGUGCGCCGCGAAGACGGACAGUGUCCCAUCAGGUCAUCCUGAGCACAUCUAACCAGUUAUCAGCUAUGGCGCUAACACUUGUAUCCAUCUUAAUUGCUGCCAUUCCUGUGGCCUAUUGCUAUCCUGCUGCCUUUGAGGACCUGGGGGCAACCAGCACAAACCGAACCUCCAUCAAAUUCCUGGCUGUAGGAGACUGGGGUGGAGUGCCGUAUCCCCCCUAUGUCACAGCUGUGCAGAAGGCUACUGCUCGAGAAAUGAGCAAAAUAGCAGAGCAGAUGGGAGCUGACUUUGUUCUGGCCCUUGGCGAUAACUUCUACUACAAAGGUGUGGACAGUGUGGAUUCUCCUCGGUUUCAGGAAACUUUUGAGUCUGUGUACACGGCAAAGUCUCUCCAAAUCCCCUGGUAUGUGCUUGCUGGCAAUCAUGACCACGCAGGGAACGUCAAAGCCCAGAUCGACUACAGCCACAGAUCUAACAGAUGGAAGUUCCCCGCUUACUACUACGAGCUGAACUUCCACAUCCCCAACACUGGGAAGACACUGACCAUCAUCAUGCUCGACACCAUAAUGCUGUGCGGUAACUCUGACGACUUUGUGGAUGAGAAGCCCAGAGGCCCCCUGCGUGCGGUGGAUGCCAACCGUCAGCUGGCGUGGCUGCAGGAGAGACUGGCUCGGUCCAAGGCAGACUUCCUUUUGGUGGCCGGACACUAUCCUGUGUGGUCUGUGUCAGAACACGGGCCCACAGAGUGUCUCCUGCAUCGGCUUCAUCCUCUGCUCAUUAAGUACAAGGCCACUGCUUACCUCUGCGGUCAUGACCACAAUCUGCAGUACAUUGAAGAGUCUGGUGUUGGCUACGUGGUGAGCGGUGCAGGAAACUUCCUGGACCCCGAUGUCCGUCACUGGAACCGUAACCCCAAAGGUUCUGUGAAGUUCUUCACUGGCCAGGCUUCAACACUGGGAGGCUUCGUCCAUGCAGAAGUCACGAAGAACAAGAUGAUUGUGACCUUCUACCAGGCUAAAGGCACUUCUCUCUAUCGCACUGUCCUCUCCCAAAGGAACUUUGAGUAGACGUCAAGGAGCGGUCAAGUUGUCAAGCACAAAUUAGUCUGCAGUUUGCUUUGAGAUCAAAGUAAUGGCUGUUAAUCCUGUUUUUAAACGUUGGCAUUAAUAUUUCACAGCAAUUCACAACACAUAUUUUAAACAGAAUCAACUUGUUUUACAUGUAAAUUUAUUGUAUGAUAA